UGCAUAUUAGAGUGGAUAAUGAAUUUGGUGUCGGUUUGCGCAGAUUGCACAAAACGAGAUUGGGAUCAUCAGAGACAGAGCCUUAGAAGCUAAAGCAACUAUGGUGAAAUUCGGGAAGAAAAACGACGAUGCCAUGCAACAAAUAGAACAACUCCAACAUCAGUACGGUGUUGCUGCUCGUGUUUGCGAAGAGGCAAUUGCUAACAAGGAGAGUAUAGAAAAAUCUUAUCGUGACAAGAUGUUACUCCUAGGCGACUGCAGUUCGGACGCAGUCCUUGCCCAUUUAUAUGUAGCGUCCGCGGAUCGCGUGGGGCUUUCCCGUUACUGCAAGAAUAAUGUGGAGAAGUUUAUGAAAUGUUGGAACAGAGAUGAGGAAUUUCGAAGAGAGUACGCCAAGUUCAACGAAAGUAGUACCAUUACUAGAUUCGGGAGUUUCGACGGGGCCCGUCUAUUCGGGUUAAUGAAAGAGCUAAAAGCAACAAGCCUCCCCCUAUCCACGGCCGUAAAAAAUGUAAAAGAAACAAUAGGAAUAAGAAUUAAGAUGGUUGAUUUAAUUGUAGCAUCAUAAAUAGAGAUGUAGCUCUUUCUCAAGUUAAUGCAAUGUUUUUUUUUUUUUUU